GUAUCUGAGAAGUUUAGAAAUAUUAAGCUGCAUAUGCUACUGGAUACUAGAAAAGCCUACGAAAACAUAACCAGUUCAGACAUUUUAAAUUAUUUCUCCUCAGCAGCUGUCAGCAGUGUUUUCGACUCUAGUUAACCAGGCUCAACGUCGUAUCACAUACAGACUUGGGAAACUUAGUCCUUUGAUCUAAAGUUGUAGCAAUAGAAAGAGCAUAUUUGUGGCUUGAGGUUUACAAAAAGAUACUAAAAAUGGCCGACUUGCAAAGUAACUGGUUGUGUUGCUGUGUCAGGGUCUAACUACAGGGUUUAACAAACUUAGGUUUGUGAAAUGUGAGAAAAACCUGAGAACACCUUAUUUCAAGGUUCGGGAUUAGAGUAGCAGGCAGGCUGAGGAAGACGGUGAAAACAGAAGAGGUGAAGCAGCCUUGGGGAGUCCCUAUGAGGACUUCUUCUCCCUUGGAGUUUGUAUACUCCCAUGGAGUAGGUGGACUUAGAAAUUAGGUGAAAGGUUUUUUUUUCAUUUACAAAAAGGCUGUACUUCAGAUGAGGUGGUGGCUUGUUAGGUUUAGAUCUCCCACUGUUCCUAUAUUCUUUAUCUUUUUACCACAGUAGUGGUGUCUUAUUUAAGAGAUUUGUGACUGGGGAAGUGGUAAGGCUUAGCCUCAUUUAGUCUUUGGGUGGCUGGAGCGUUCUUUCUUACUAAUGGUGCAUCAUGCUUGUGUCAGUGAUACUGGCGUUGGAAGAGUUCUGAAAGACCCAAGUUGAUUCUUGACCAUAGUUUUAUUAGACUUUUUGUGUCUUUCAGGAAGGAAAGUCCUCCACAGAGAGGGGAUUAUUCAAGCUAGGGUAUCCUGAAAUCUCCUUGGUGUUGAAGAGUGUUAGAGCCAGAAGAAACCUAAGAGACUACCUAUUCCAUCUUUCUUAUUAUAUAGUUGGGGAAAGGGAAGCUCACACAGAAUGAGGAAUUUAUUGAAAAAUGUACAGUUUCUUAAGGUGUCAAGUCUAGAGCCGUUGUCCUCUUCCUUCUGGUGCAGUGCUCUUUCCACCCUACCAUUUAAUUGUUGAAACAAUCGAGGCUUUUAAAAUUAGACCACAAUCACAGUACUGGGUGUUGAGAGAAGUUAGGAAGAAGUGCUUGAAUAUUUUUGUAGCAUGUGAAUAUGUAAUGAAUAUUAGGAUAGCAUUUGGGGAGAAAACUAGAGACUAAAAAAAAAAAAGAUUGUAUGUGUUUAAAUUGGAGGUUAUUUUUCAAUUCUGUAGUACCAAAUUUAUUAAAAGUGUUAUUUAAAAUUUUGUUUUUUUCAAUUAUGAUAACCUGUUCACUCUGUAUGUUUGUUUAUAUACUUGAACUGCUCUGUGAUUAUAUCUAAGAUGAAGUAGAUAAUCGGUCUGGGAGUGGAGCUUAUGCUUGAGUGACUGGUCCUAAGUUGUACCGAUAUACUGGAGUGGGAAUUGAUUUGGAUGCCAUUGUUUUUGGCUCCUGCAGGUUUUGUAGUGCAUCCCUGAGCAUGAGUGCAGAAUGAAGCGACGUUUGGAUGACCAGGAGUCACCGGUGUAUGCGGCCCAGCAGCGUCGGAUCCCUGGCAGCACGGAGGCUUUUCCUCACCAGCACCGGGUGCUUGCCCCUGCCCCUCCCGUGUAUGAAGCGGUGUCUGACACCAUGCAGUCAGCCACGGGGAUUCAGUACUCUGUGACACCCAGCUAUCAGGUACGCUGGGGCCAACCAUGCUCCUAUGUAGUCUUUCGAGUGGUCCAGAGUCAUGCUCAUCCCGCCCCACCAGUUGCACCAGUGCAGGGACAGCAGCAGUUUCAGAGGCUCAAGGUGGAGGAUGCACUGUCCUAUCUGGACCAGGUGAAGCUGCAAUUUGGUAGUCAACCUCAGGUCUACAAUGAUUUCCUUGACAUCAUGAAGGAAUUUAAGUCUCAGAGCAUUGACACACCAGGAGUGAUUAGUCGGGUGUCUCAGCUGUUCAAAGGCCACCCUGACCUGAUCAUGGGCUUCAACACCUUCUUGCCCCCUGGCUACAAAAUUGAGGUGCAAACCAAUGACAUGGUGAACGUCACAACUCCUGGCCAGGUUCAUCAGAUCCCCACCCAUGGCAUCCAGCCUCAGCCUCAGCCAGCACCCCAACAUUCUUCCCAGCCUUCAGCCCAGUCAGCCCCAGCUCCUGCCCAGCCUGCUCCUCAGCCCCCACCUGCCAAAGUCAGCAAGCCUUCCCAACUACAAGCACAUACUCCAGCCAGUCAGCAGACUCCCCCGCUCCCACCAUAUGCAUCACCACGUUCCCCACCGGUCCAACCUCACACACCAGUGACAAUCUCUUUGGGAACGGCCCCAUCCUUGCAGAACAAUCAGCCUGUGGAGUUUAAUCAUGCCAUCAACUAUGUUAAUAAGAUCAAGAACAGGUUCCAGGGCCAACCAGACAUCUACAAAGCAUUCCUGGAGAUUUUGCACACGUAUCAGAAAGAGCAGCGAAAUGCCAAGGAAGCUGGAGGAAACUACACCCCAGCGUUGACUGAGCAGGAGGUAUAUGCCCAGGUGGCUCGGCUCUUUAAAAAUCAGGAAGAUUUGCUGUCAGAGUUUGGACAGUUCCUACCAGAUGCCAACAGCUCCGUGCUUUUAAGCAAAACAACUGCUGAAAAGGUUGAUUCUGUGAGAAAUGACCAUGGAGGCACUGUGAAGAAGCCCCAACUGAACAACAAGCCACAGAGGCCUAGCCAGAACGGCUGCCAGAUCCGCCGGCACUCUGGAACAGGAACUACCCCUCCAGUGAAGAAGAAACCCAAAUUGCUCAGCCUAAAGGAUUCCUCUAUGGCAGAUGCUAGCAAGCAUGGUGUGGGAACUGAAUCCUUAUUUUUUGAUAAGGUCCGAAAGGCUUUGCGGAGUGCAGAGGCUUAUGAAAAUUUCCUGCGCUGUCUUGUUAUCUUUAACCAGGAGGUGAUCUCUCGGGCUGAGCUAGUACAGCUAGUCUCUCCCUUCUUAGGGAAAUUCCCUGAAUUGUUUAAUUGGUUUAAAAACUUUCUGGGCUAUAAAGAGUCUGUACAUCUGGAAACCUUUCCAAAGGAGCGAGCCACAGAGGGCAUUGCCAUGGAGAUAGAUUAUGCCUCCUGUAAACGAUUGGGCUCCAGCUAUCGAGCCCUACCAAAGAGCUACCAGCAGCCCAAGUGUACUGGACGGACUCCUCUCUGUAAAGAGGUUUUAAAUGAUACCUGGGUUUCCUUCCCUUCAUGGUCUGAGGACUCCACCUUUGUUAGUUCCAAGAAGACACAGUAUGAAGAACAUAUCUAUCGUUGUGAAGAUGAGCGCUUUGAGCUUGAUGUAGUUUUAGAAACCAAUCUGGCAACAAUCCGGGUUCUGGAAGCAAUACAGAAGAAGCUUUCCCGCUUAUCUGCUGAGGAACAAGCCAAAUUUCGCUUGGACAACACCCUUGGGGGCACGUCAGAAGUCAUCCAUCGAAAAGCACUCCAGAGGAUAUAUGCUGAUAAAGCAGCUGACAUCAUCGAUGGUCUGAGGAAGAACCCCUCCAUUGCUGUCCCAAUUGUCCUUAAAAGGUUGAAGAUGAAAGAGGAAGAAUGGCGAGAAGCUCAGAGAGGCUUUAACAAGGUGUGGAGAGAACAAAAUGAGAAAUAUUAUUUGAAGUCUCUGGACCACCAGGGCAUCAACUUCAAACAGAAUGACACCAAGGUCCUGAGGUCUAAGAGCUUACUCAAUGAGAUUGAGAGUAUUUAUGACGAGAGGCAAGAGCAGGCUACGGAAGAGAAUGCUGGUGUACCAGUGGGCCCACACCUCUCGCUUGUCUAUGAAGACAAACAGAUAUUGGAAGAUGCCGCUGCUUUGAUUAUCCACCAUGUGAAGAGGCAGACAGGCAUUCAGAAGGAGGACAAGUAUAAAAUCAAGCAAAUCAUGCAUCAUUUCAUUCCAGAUCUGCUCUUUGCUCAAAGAGGUGAUCUCUCAGAUGUAGAGGAAGAAGAAGAAGAAGAGAUGGAUGUAGAUGAAGCCACAGGGGCGUCUAAGAAGCACAAUGGUGUUGGGGGCAGCCCCCCUAAGUCCAAGCUACUGUUUAGUAACACAGCAGCUCAGAAGUUAAAAGGGAUGGACGAAGUAUACAACCUCUUCUAUGUCAAUAACAACUGGUAUAUCUUUAUGCGACUGCACCAGAUUCUCUGCUUGAGGCUAAUGCGGAUUUGUUCCCAAGCUGAACGGCAAAUUGAAGAAGAAAACCGAGAGAGAGUAUGGGAGCACGAUAUGCCGGGUGUAAGGCGAGAUAAGAGUGACAGCCCUGCUAUUCAGCUACGUCUCAAAGAACCUAACAAGUUUGAAUUUUCUCAGCUGCAGCACAUCGUGAGUGAUGAGAUCUGUGUGCAGGUGACUGACCUUUACCUGUCAGAAAACAAUAAUGGGGCCACUGGAGGCCAGCUGAACACACAGACUUCAAGGAGCCUCCUAGAGUCAACAUAUCAGAGAAAGGCCGAGCAGCUCAUGUCAGAUGAGAAUUGCUUUAAGCGCUGGUCAGACUAUGUGGAACGUUACAUGAAUUCCGAUACUACCUCUCUUGAGCUCCGUGAGCAUCUGGCACAGAAACCAGUGUUUCUCCCAAGGAAUCUGCGGCGCAUCCGGAAGUGCCAGCGUGGUCGAGAACAGCAGGAAAAGGAAGGAAAGGAAGGAAACAGUAAGAAGACCAUGGAGAAUGUGGAUAGCCUGGAUAAGCUGGAGUGUAGAUUCAAGCUGAAUUCCUACAAGAUGGUGUAUGUGAUCAAGUCGGAGGACUACAUGUAUCGGAGGACUGCCUUGCUCCGGGCUCAUCAGGUGAGAGCUUGUAACUGGUAAUUCCUCUGCACAUCUUCCUCCCCAACCAGGACCCAGACCCACCCAGAGUCCUUGGAUUGUUUUUCUUCUUUUAUGAAAACCUGGUCUUGGAGCUGAGAAUUGUUCAGUAAGCAGGUAAACUUACCUGCUGGCAUCUUCUGGUACAGCUACUCCCAGAAUUUAAAUUUCAAGUGGUAUCUGAUCUCUUGCUUGUAUGACUCCAACCUGGUUUCACAUUCUGUCUCGUUUGUGAAACCUUCCUGAUGCAGUUUUGUGCCAGACGCUGUGCCAGGCCUGGGACUACAACAGUGAAGUAGAGCAAAUAAGGUUGUGUGAUAAGGACUACCGAAGAAACCGCUUGGGUGAAGUGAUCGAGGGUAACUGGCCUGCAGGCCCUGCUUUCAUGGAGGAAGGCUCUGAGGAGGUGGCCUUGAGGCCUGAAUAAUGACAAGGAGCCAGCUUGUGAAGAGCUGAGGAGAGAUGCUUUCCAGGCACAGAAAACAGCAAAUGUAAGGGCUGAGAGGAAGGAAAGGACUUGGCAUGUUUGAGAAACUAAUAAAGCCUAGUGUAGAGCCAUGGGGAAACCUGGGAUGAAUGAGGAUGGAAAGGUGGGCAGAGGCCACAUCCCUUGCCCUUGUAGGCUGUGGCUUGGAUUUUGUUUGAGGUACACUGUUGACAAAGAUGGCUUGCACUGCUGUAAGGAGAUUAGGCGUCAGGGGUGCAAAGCUGGAAGAGCAGAGACCAGUCAAAGGGCUACUCUUUUUCAGAUGAGAGGUGAUGGUGACCUGGAUUACUGUGGUGGUGGUGGAAUUGUAGAAAAUUGGACAGAUUGUAGAUAAAAUGUGGAGAUGUGAUUGACAGCAUGUGGUGAUGGAUUGGAUGUGGGGAGGCAAGAGAAAGGAGUGCAUCAGAGAUGAUGCCUGGGUUUGUGUUUUGUUUUUGCUUUAGUAUAUGGGAAGUUUAGGAGUACAUUUGUUGAUAGGAAGGGCCUACCAGGUUUGGGGGGUGGGCAGAUCAAGAACUCUGUUUUGCACUGGUUAAAUUUGAAAAGACUACAAAACGUUCAAGUGGGAGAUGUUGGGUGGGCAGUUCAGUGUCCUUCUCUCAUGGCACUGAAUACGACUGCUGGGUGUGAAUGUCUGUCUGCAUUCUCUGGUGCCAAUUCUUCGGGGAUCUGGACCUCACCUACUUCGUCUUUGUAUCCCUCGUACAAAGGUAUUAUCUCGUACGUGGGCACCAGUAAACAUUUACUGGGUGCAUAGGCGGGAACAGAAACAUCCACUGAAGAUCUGCUGUGCCUAGCACUCUGCUGGGCAGAGUGAGGUACUAUGAUGAAACCGAAAAAAAAAAAUGAAACCCGUAGCUGUCAAUUCCAACUCAUAGCGACCCUAUAGGACAGAGUAGAACUGCCCCAUAGGGCUUCCACAGAGCACCUGGUAGAUUUGAACUGCUGACCCUUUUGGUUAGCAGCCGUAGCUGUUAAUCAGUAUGCCACCAGGGUUUCCACUAUGAUGAAAGAGUAAAUUUUGAAGCCCUUUCUGUACACUUUCUUACUUAGAACUGGCUCUUCAUGCCAGCAGAAAUGACCAAUAGCUGUGGCUCAUUGUGUCUCACUUUGGGGUGCAUUAGAAUCAGCUGGGUUGCUGAUUUAAAAUGCAAAUUGGUGGAAUCUGGUGAUUCUCAUGCUUGCCA